UGUGGUGAUUAGAUUGUUAAGCGAGGUCGAAUUUGGUUGACAAAAAAUCGUUCUCAUUCCAUGAUCAACAGUUUUGUGAGUACGAGGGGAAACUAAGAGGAUCGGAGUUGCGUGAGAAAAGGCGCUGCGAUCUGGUUUUGUGUAUUGAUUUCACCUUGGGGGUCCGAGCAUAUUUUUUUUCUGUGUGAGAGUGGACUGGGUGUCGUCGUUAACAAAAGGAGAGCAACGAUUUUAGAAGAAAGAACGAUUCACCACAAUGGAAGGGACUAAACUGGAAAUAUCCGGAGCAAAGGUACCAAACGAGACUCAUUCGCCCACGGCAACGUACAAGCAAUUACCAGAGAACGACAUGGAAGAUCAAGUACCUGCACGGCCCAAGAGCCUCAUCAAGGAAACCACCAACAGUGAACUUGAUGGUGCUGAUGAGAGGAUGUUGCCUGACGAGGACAAAAAGCUUAGCUCCAAUAUUAACAUUGCUGAAGUCAAAUUCACAAGCAACGAUAAACAGAAUGGGGAUGCCAAACUGGAUAUUGGCGAAAUCAAGACUGGAUUCGUUGGAAUGGGCAAGGAGGAGCUCAUGAAAUAUGCCAACGAUCCGUUCUGGGUGAGAUUGAGGUGGUUCUUGUUCAUCUUGUUCUGGGCUCUGUGGGCCGGUAUGUUGGUCGGUGCAGUGAUGAUCAUUGUGUCCGCACCUAAAUGCGAUCCUCCAGAGCCAAAGACGUGGUGGGAAGAAGGACCUUUGACCGAAGUCUCUUUGGGCGAUACCGCAUGGACCGUUGACGACUUGAAGCUCUUGAAGGACGAAGGAUUUACUGGCGUUAUCAUACCUUAUCCUGGAGACACGUACAAGCAGUUGAAUGCUACAGGUCCAUUCAUGGCUUUCCUCAAUCUGACGAAGAAGUUGGAUAUCAAUGUUAUCGUUGAUUUGAAACCAUCCGUAUCUCAGAUGUGGUUGAAUCAAUCGGCAACUAAGGAUGCGGACUUCGCAAACUUUUACAUUUGGUCAGAUGGUUCGGAAAGUAAGCCACCGAACAAUUGGUUGGCAAAGGACUCAAACGAUAACGAGAAGAAAACCGCUUGGACAUUUAAUAAUGCCCGCAAGCAAUUCUACUUUUCUCCAGAGGGUCUUCCGCAUCUGAAUUUCCGUGAGCCUGCUGUUGUUGAUAAAUUCACUAAAGUUUUGGAGGGCUUCUUGGAUGCUGGUGUGAAAGGCAUUAGACUGAACGGAGCUCCGAAUCUACUGGUCAAUUCCCAAUUGGUCGAUGAAACGCCCAAACAGCAGCCGAGCGACAUCUCACAAAAUCAUUAUGACUUCUACAUGCACACCAAAACGGAGUACCUUCCCGAGUUGGGAGACCUUCUGAAGCCGUGGAGGCAUCUGAUUAAGAACAAGACAGACAACGCUGGCGUCUUUAUGCUGGCCGAGAACUUGGAAACUUUGAAACCAUUCAAAGUUAAUAGCACGUUGGUCGUGGAUUUGCCGAAGCAUUCGAACGUGUUCCAGCAGGAAAUCAGCACCGCAGAAAACUUGAAGGAUAGGUUAGAUGCGAGCAUCAAGUUCUUGGAACACAAUUGGCCAAUGUGGCAGGUAUCGAAUGAAAGUUCAGUUGAUCUGAGCGCAGUUGCGUACCUGCUCAAGGGUUCCAUGAUAUUAAAUAAGGACACGAAGAUCGAGGCGGACCUGAAGGAAGUCCGUAAAUCAGCAUCCAUCAUUUUCGGUUCUCAACAAACCCAUCUUAUGGCAAACAGAACCGUAUUCGCCUAUGUCAGGGAAUGGGUACACUCCGGCAAUCCAGGCUUCAUAGUCGCUGUUAAUCCAACAGAUGAGCUCGUCGUCGUCGAUUUCUUAAUAGAGGUUCCGAAGGUAGCGGAUGAAGUCACCGUUCAAUAUAUCAAGAUACCUACUGAAGGUGUUUCAUUGAAAAUGAAACAUACGUCUUCUGGAUUCCCAAUGGCGCCGCACAACACCGUCGUGUUGUCCUACGUCCCGAAAUCCGAUUAAAUCGCAUUAAGAUGAAUUAUGCGAAUAUACGCGAAUAUUGCUUUUCAUGUUUUUUUUUAUAUUUUUUAAAGUUUAUCAAUAUUUAAUAAAGAUACACGCAUUGCAAAAUUA